CCUUGCUCGAGAGUCCAAUCCACUAGAAAUCUCUUGCUUACGGGUGCAAGAUUAAACCGAAACAAACUCUUGCUUGCGGGUGCAAGAUUAAACCGUUACAAGUGAAUCUCAACUCACUCAACCCCUUCAAGGAUUAACCCAAUCCAAGAAGAAUACAAAACCCUUGUAAGACAAUAUACCCAAAAGCCUCACAAGAAGAAAAGAAGAAAGAAACCCAGAACAAUAUCAAACUAUAUUUUCUGCAGCAGUCGUCCUUCUUUUCUCUCUAUAUUUCCAGAUCUGAUUUUUGGUCAUUUUAAUAGAGAUUUGGAGCCUUGCAAUUAAAGUCCCUUCAAAGCCACCUCACAAAAGCUCCAAUAAGGUUCCACCUUUUUUUUUUAACUUGUCUUGGAAAGUGCUAAGGCAUUUAGAUCCCCUAUGACCCAUUAAGAGUAAACAGAUAGUUGAACUGUCAAAAUAAACUUUCCAGAAUUUUUGGUUCGAAGCCAGAAAUAUUGCUUCGAACCAUUUUCGGAAAACAAAAGUCCGAGAUUGAUUCGAACCAAAAUAAAUUGAUAAAGAAAGAUGAGAGAGAAACCUAGAGAGAAAAGACCUUUCCUUCUUUGCAACCUGCUUCACCGGCCUACAACGAAGGCCCCCCUUUCAUUGGAGAACAGUGAUCAACCUGAGUGGCAACUAGUGAGGGAGAGAACCUACCACAACCUUAAGCCAUACUACCAGAAAAGAGAUUGCACGGGUGCAUGCUAUGAGGGCAAAAGAGAUGGGACAAUUCAGGGAAAGGUGGAGUGGUUUAGAGGGGGUAGAGGAGGUCUUGACAAAGGACUGUUAAAGCAGACCACAUAUUUCUUUAUCACAAACUUCCCAGAGGAAUGGAGGUAUGAGGAUAUGUGGAAAGAAUUCAAGAAAUAUGAGAUGGAGUUGAACUUGAGCAAAAUAAAGUUGGGUGAGAGGAGACUCCAGGCAAACUUAGCAAUGUACAAUGAGGAGAGUGGAGCAUUAGGGAUGAAGAAAAGGGAAAGUAAGACUAAUGCAAGCCCUACCAAGCAAGUUGAAGGCAUUGAUGGAAUGAAAUCUUACGUUGAUGCAGUAAGGAGUAAUGUGGGGGCACCAGAAGGAAAUGGAUUGUCGGGAAAAAGAUGGACCCCAAAGAAGAACAAUAAAGUGAAUGAAGAGAUGAGUGAGCUAGAAAAUGUGUGGGAGUGCCAUCCAAGUGCAAAGAACAAAGAAUGGUUGAAGAAUUAUUUUGUUGGUGAUGUUGAAGGAGAAAUAAUGAAUCUUAUCAAAAAGGGUAGUGGGUGGAUAGGAGAAAGGCUCAAAGAUAUAAGAACUUGGAGCCUAAAAGAGGUGGCAAAAGAAAGAUACACAUGGCUUCAAUGCUAUGGUGUACCAUUGAAUAUAUGGAACGAAGAGUUCUUUAAAAGGGUAAAGAACCGGUAUGGAAAAGCUAUUGAGGUUGAUCAACCCACAAUUCUCAAGAAGAGUAGAAUUUGUGAAGAAACAUGGACAGAGAAUGCCUAUAGUCCAAGUUUUUUGUCAAAGAAAGAGGGAGAGUCCUCAGAUGAACUAUGGGUGCAGGAAUCCUCAUUAGGCGAAAGUGACUCAGAAUGGAAAGAUAGGGAGUUCGUAGAGGACUCCUUGCAAAUUUCGACAAGGAAGGUAAGCAUGAAGGGAGAUAAUCAGACAGUAGGGGAAGAAGGAUGCUCACCAGUGGGAAAUUUUGAAAUACCAUUGGAGGUGGCUAGAAAGGCAACAGUGACAAAUGGGACAGAUGGGGAAGUUGAGAUAGCUAGCAACCGCCAUAUUAGGAAGGAGUGUACUAACCCUAAGGGCUACAAGAAAGAGGUUGAAGUUCUAAAGGAGCUGAGGGUCGAAGAGGAAGAAAAGGAAACAAUGUCUGAUUUUGAAAGGGCUAGCAGUAACAAACCACAAAAGGUCCAUUUUUGACCUUCUCAAGUAAAGGACAGGCAAGAGG